AUGGCGCUCUACCUGAAUCAAGCAAAGACGUUGCUGCAAACCUUCUAUUCCUACAAGGUGCACCACAUCAACAGAAGCGAGAAUAAGCCGGCAGACGCGCUAAGUAAACUCGCAUCUACAAGUUUUCAGCACCUGGCAAAGGAUGUGCGCAUAGAAGUUUUGAGCAACCCAUCAGUGCCACUAAGGGAAGUAAGCGUCAUUCAGGUAGGAACAACAUCAUGGAUGACUCCGAUAAUCGCGUACCUUCAAUCUGGAAUACUACCAGAGAACAAGGCUGAAGCAAGGAAAAUCCAAUACAAGGCUGAACAUUAUCAGAUGGUUGAUGGAAUCUUAUACCGAAGGUCAUACCUGGGGCCGUUGUUGAGAUGCGUUGACCCCGAAGACGCAAACUAUUUGAUCAGAGAAGUGCAUGAAGGAAUAUGCGGCAUACAUGUUGGACCAAGAAUGGUAGUGGCAAAGGUGAUGAAUGCCAGAUACUACUGGCCCGGAAUGCACUUAGACGCAGUAAAAAAAUUGAGGAAGUGCAGUGGAUGCCAAAAACACGCUCCCAAGACAAUGCGCCCCAAGAAUGAAUUAGUACCGGUCAUAACUGCAUGGCCUUUUCAACAGUAG